AUGGAUCAGACUCUUCCAUGGCUUUCUCCUUCUAAUGAUUUUGCAUUUGGAUUCCGCCAACUAAAUGGUAAUGAUGAUUUCUUCUUGCUUGCCAUAUGGUAUUAUAAAAUACCAGACAGAGACAUAGUUUGGUGCGCAAAUGGAGGAAAUCCUGCGCUUAGAGGAUCAAAGGUUGAGCUAACUGCUGACCGUGGGCUGGUGCUGAAAGAUCCUCAAGGCACAGAGCUAUGGAAAUCGGAUUUCGGCGCAGGUAGAGUCGCCUAUGGUGUGAUGAAUGAUACAUGCAACUUUGUGCUUGUCAAUAUAAACUCUGAAUCUCAAGCGGUAUGGGAGAGCUUCAGCUACCCAACUGACACCUUGUUGCCUACUCAGGCAAUGGAGAUAGAAGGGAUUCUUUCUUCCCGGAAAUCAGCAACCAAGUUCUUUCAAGGAAGAUUCCAGUUCAGAUUGCUCAGCGAUGGAAAUGCAGUUCUCAAUCCAAUAAACCUGCCCUCCAAAUACGCAUAUGAUGCAUACUAUAUCAGUGGUACUCGAGAUGAUGCAAAUUCAUCAAAUUCUGGCUUCCAAGUGGUCUUUGAUGAGUCAGUGGGGAGUGGGAUUUGUGGGUUUAACAAUUUCUGCAAACUCAAGAAUGAUCAAAGGCCAACAUGUGAAUGCCCACCCGGCUACUCAUUACUCGACCCAGAUGAUAAAUACGGAAGCUGCAAACCUGAUUUCAUUCAAGGCUGUGAAGAAGAUGGGCAGAGUCCUCCGGAAGAUUUAUACACUACGGUGGAGAUUCCAAACACUGUCUGGCCAACAUCUGAUUAUGAGUUAUUUAAGCCUUAUAGUCAAGCAGAUUGCAGAAAGUCUUGUCUACAGGAUUGUUUAUGUGUUGUGGCUGUGUCAAGAGGCGAUGGCAGAUGUUUUAAGAAGAAGUUACCUCUCUCGAAUGGGAGAGAAGAUAGCACAGUUAUUAGUAUGGCUUUUCUUAAAGUAAGAAAAGCUAAUGCCACAUUGCAGAACCCUCGUUGUUUGCCUCCAAAAACAGAGAAGAACCAGGACAAUUUGAUCGUUGUUCUAUCAGUCCUCUUGGAUGGCUCAGUGAUUGUCAUCUUCAUAUUGUCUGGUCUAUCAUGUUUAGGAUCUUUCUUGGAUCACAAGAAGGACACAGAAAACCACCAACAAGAAAGGUCCAUGGGAAUGAAUUUGCGGUUUUUGACCUAUAAAGAGCUCGAGGAUGCUACAAAUGGAUUUAAUGAAGAACUGGGAAGAGGAUCUUUCAGCAUUGUAUAUAAAGGUGUAAUAGAAACUGGUUCCACAGCCCCUAUUGCUGUUGCAGUCAAGAAGUUAGACAGAUUAGUUAAAGACGGCAAUGAUGAAUUCAAAACUGAAGUCAAAGUGAUUGGCCAAACACAUCAUAAGAAUCUUAUUCGACUGCUAGGGUAUUGUAACGAAGGACAGAACAGGUUGCUGGUUUAUGAGUUCUUGAGCAAUGGUAGUUUGGCAAGCUUACUCUUUGGAGACUUGAAACCCAGUUGGCACCAGAGGACCCAAAUUGCCAUGGGGAUUGGGAAAGGCCUCUUGUACUUGCAUGACGAAUGCAGCACCCAGAUCAUCCACUGCGACAUAAAGCCACAAAACAUACUUCUCGAUGGCUCCUACAAUGCUCGGAUUUCCGACUUCGGAUUAGCAAAGAUUUUGAUGCUCAAUCAAACACAUACAGAAACCAACAUCAGAGGCACAAAAGGGUAUGUUGCACCUGAAUGGCUCAGGUCUACGCCAAUCACUGUAAAAGUUGAUGUUUACAGUUUUGGAGUCAUGCUGCUCGAGAUCAUUUCUUGUCGAAGAAGUGUCAAUAUUGAAAUUGGUGAGAAUGAUAGAGAAAUUCUAACAUACUGGGCUUAUGAUUGCUUUCUUGGAGGCACACUUGAUGCUUUAGUUGAGGACGAUCCAGAGGCCUUAAGUGAUAGGAAAAGGCUGGAGAGGUAUGUGAUGAUUGCCCUUUGGUGCAUUCAGGAAGACCCCUCUCUGAGGCCUAGCAUGAAAAAGGUUAUGCUGAUGCUUGAAGAAAUUGUUCAAGUUACCGUCCCACCAUGUCCAUGUCCAUUCAAUAGCAUGAUAAGCUGA